GAACAUUUUUUCAAUAAUAAUAAGAAAACUAGUCAAAUUCGUACUAAAACGUGAACAACCUGUAUUCCCGCACACGAGCUGACUUUGCAUUUAUUUAGAUUUAAAAUUGCAAGCUUGCCUAUUUUGUCCCAAAUGCAUGCUGGCCUUGAGUUUAAAAUAACCAUCACAAAAAUGCCACUUCAUGUAACACAUGGUUGAUUUCUUUAUCCACACUAUGAGAUUUGCUACAGUCCAACAAAAAGUACCUCAAGGUCCCGAUACAUCACGCUGAUCCAACGAUCGGAAACGGACAAUUUGGUACCAUGAAGUACCGGUACCUUGAGAUACUUUUUAUUAGAUUGGAGCAAAUCUCCCACACUAUUACUCUUAACCUCAUGUUUGCAUAGGAAUAUAGUCUUCUAGCUUUUGCUUGUUUAAGAGUAUUCCAUUUCCAAAAUUGUGUGGUCUGGCCUUUCUCUUCUCUCUCAAGACAGCGUUUUGGCCAAUUCAGGAUGUGAUAUGACAUGAGCUAAUCGGAGUGCCUUCCUUCUUCUUGUGCCACUCUGAAAGUCUGAAUCUUCUCCCAUGUAUAAGUUGGUAUAGACUGAUAAGAUAUAUACAAGCAGCUUUGCUUUCCAAGAAAGCCAUGAAAGGGUGGUGCUAGUGAGCCAGUAAUAGCAUUACCGUACUUCCACAUGUCGCCGGCGAGAGGUGGCACGCCGGAGGAGGAGGGCGGUGGCGCCGACGUCGAGAAGGCGGCGGCGGAGACGGGAGGUAGAGGCACGUGGAGGCACGCGGCGUUCCACGUGGCGACGACGAUCGCCACGCCGGCGGCCUAUGCUCCCCUCCCGUUUGCUCUUGCCUCCCUUGGCUGGCCUCUUGGUGUUUGUAGCUUGGUCACAGGAACACUAGUUACAUGGUGUUCUAGCCUGGUUGUUGCCUCACUGUGGCAGUGGAAUGGAGACAAGCACACCAGCUACAAGCUUCUUGCAAAGAGCAUCUUUGGUCCCUGGGGUUACUGGUAUGUGUCGUUCUUCCAGCAAGUGGCAUCAAUUGGAAACAACAUUGCAAUCCAGAUUGCAGCUGGGAGCAGCCUCAAGGCUGUGUACAAGCACUACCACACCACUGAUGAUGGCGCCAUGACCCUGCAACAGUUCAUCAUUCUCUUCGGCGCAUUCGAGCUGUUACUCUCCCAGCUUCCUGACAUCCACUCACUCCGGUGGGUCAAUGCUGCCUGCACCGCUAGCACCAUUGGAUUUGCAGGGACAGCCAUUGGUGUCACCAUUUAUGAUGGGCAUCGGAUUGAUCGGAAGGAAGUUGAUUACAGUCUGCAAGGAAGCGCUGCAUCAAAGAUCUUCAGAGCCUUCAAUGCACUGGGCACAAUAGCAUUCUCAUUUGGGGAUGCAAUGCUGCCAGAAAUUCAGAGCUCUGUGCGAGAACCGGUGAGGAUGAACAUGUACAAAGGCGUGUCGACGGCGUACUCGAUCAUCGUCAUGUCCUACUGGACCCUGGCAUUCAGUGGGUACUGGGCAUUUGGCUCAGGAGUACAGCCCUACAUCCUGUCCUCCCUGACUUUUCCAAGAUGGACAAUUGUGAUGGCAAAUCUAUUUGCAGUCAUUCAGAUCACUGGUUGCUUUCAGAUAUACUGCAGGCCGACAUUCGCGCAAUUUGAACAGCGGAUUCAGGCGAAAGACGCAGGCUACAGAGCAAGGAUGUGGAGGCUGGUGUAUACCUCUGCAUACAUGGUGGUGAUCACCCUCAUCUCUGCAGCAAUGCCAUUCUUUGGGGACUUUGUGUCAGUCUGUGGAGCUGUUGGCUUUACCCCUCUGGACUUUGUGCUACCUGCACUGGCAUUUCUGAAGGCCGGGAAGUUACCUGAAAACCCAGGAUUACGCCAUGCUGUGAAGGUGAUCACCUCUGCUGUCGCUGUCUUGUUCUCCAUUGUCGGAGCUCUGGCAUGCAUCGGCGCCGUCAGAGCGAUCGCACUUGAUGUCAAAACCUACAAAUUCUUCCAUGACAUGUGAAUGCAGUUAGUUAGUAUCAUGUUGGUGAUGAAAUGAAUGUCUCUGCCAUCUGUGCCAGUGGUUUAUACCUGGUGAUCUGACAUGUGCUAAGUAUUAAGUAUAUUUAUGAUUUGGAAUA